UGUAAGAUAAGAGCCUGAUUUAUUAGGUGUAGGCGUGUAUUUAUUAAUGUACAUGUUUCAAGUAAGCUCUCAUCGCUCGCAAUGCACUAUAACACAUUGGUAAAGAAGUGACUUUAAGAGUAGAUAUAUGGCUAAUUUAAGUUACUUCAUUUUCAUUACAGGCAUUAUAUUGCCUAUGACUACCAUUUGUUUCAUACAGUCGUCAUCAAGCGCUAUGAAACCAGCCAUGUUAACACAGUUUAUUGAGGAACAUAGCAAUAACCAUUGUUCUUUGAAAAUUAUUCAAAACACAGCAGCGUUAAAAGAUGUAACUAUGGUAAAUGUUAAGAACAACAAAUUCCUUGAUUAUAUUUAUUCGUUGAAUAUUAAAACCCAGACGAGGACAUUUUUGUCUAAAGGACUUAAACAGCACAACGAAGCUUAUGUAGUUCAUUGCGAUAACCUCGAAGAGUGCGAAUACGGAUUCGACGAUUUGGUAAAGGAUGUAUAUUGGAAUCCUAAUUCAAUAUUUUUCGUAACGGUCAAACAUUUCAGCUAUCGCCAAGAAGAUUUUUUCAGAAAAUUACAUUAUCUAUACGUUUUCAAAACCGUACUUGUGAUUCAUGAUUAUAUAUAUUUUUAUGAUUUUCGACUUGGUGAACAUUGCAAUUUUACUGUAAGUGCUAUUAGGGAGUACAAAUGUGAUAGUCUCUCGUCAGACAACCUACCUUCACCUAUUUGGGCAGAUAUUAAAGCCUCUUUGGAAGAACGACAUAAAACACCGUACUCGGAAUGCAAUAUAUCUGUGAUAGUGAGUGUUUCAGUUCCACUGGUAUUUAUGCCAUUGGAUACCCAUGACCAGCCAUUUGGAUAUGAAGAAGAAUUCAUAAGAAUUUUAAAAAGAAUGAAUUUCACUAAUAUUUUUAUUUCAUAUAAUACAAACUUGACCAGAAAUGGCUUGGUUUGUGAAAAUCACACAGUUUCAGGUAUUCUUGGAUUGCUUCAACAAGGUGCUAUAGACUAUCUUUUGGGAGGACCAAUUCUAUCACAUUACAGAUUGCAAGUUUUUGACUUUACUUACCCUCAUUUUUUUGAUGAUUUCGUGCUAAUAGUACCAAAAGCAAGGCAAAUUGACAAGUGGGAAGUACUUUACAAAGUGUUUAAGCCAUUGGUAUGGGGACUUAUUUCACUCGUGUUUGUAUGUGUGACUCUAGUAGCAUAUUUGUUACAAUUUAGUUGGAACCGAGACUUGUACCACUUAGUUUUAACGACAUUAGAUAUGUUCAGUUACUUAAUUAAUAAUCCGCCUAAAAAGAAGAUAACAUGUUUUGUGUUAUCGUGGGCUUUAUUUGCUUGGCUAAUUAUGAGUUUCUACCAAAGCGACUUAACAAGUAUAUUUACAAGACCGAUGUAUUAUAACCAAGUUAAUUCCUUGCCCGAAAUACUGAGCCAUAACUAUAAAUUGUACUUAAGUAGAGCUAAUUAUAAUUAUAUGAAGGGAAGCGCGGAGCUAGAUAUGGGAGGGUGA